AUGCAGCGGUUGAAAUCUCAUGCUCACAAAGCCAAAGAAGAGGAAGAAUUCGUGCGUGAUUCAUUGGACACUAAGGAGGCUCUACUUGCUCGAGCCACAGUCGAAAACGAGGAACGGUUCCUUGCUCUCUACAAAAACUUCUCUAGUGUGCUGAAAGAGAGGCUGCUCGAUGCAUCUAAAGCUCAAACGUUACGAGACUUCAAAUGUACGCAAGGCGACGAGAUGGCUGUUGAUACUGAUCAACCAUCGACGAUGGAAGUAGAUGAUGAGAAUGGGGGAGCUAAGAAAAGGACAAUGAAAUUGCAGUUUUAUAGUUUUCUAUGA